AUGAGUAUUCGUCAUUUUCCCCAUAAGCAGGGUCAAUGGGUAACACACGUCUGCUUAGAAAUUGAGAUAGAUGAAAGCUAUUUAGUAGUUCCGGAAGGAUUUAUUCCUCUAUUUGAUUCAUCUAAAGAUCAAAAAUUGCAUGUUUCAUUAUCUCCAUUGUUUUCUUUGAAAUAUUUCCAAGUUAAAGCAUUUAAGAAAUCAUGUGAAAACUUUUCUAAAACCAUUAAUAGACAGUGCUUUACUUUUGAAAAUGGAGUUUUCUUGGAUGAUUCCUCAAAUUCAUCUGUUUUCUAUGCACUUAAUAUUAGAAAUUGUGACGAAAUGACAAAUAUAAAAAAUAAGUUUGAUAAACUUGUUGAUUCAUAUAAUCCUACAUUUUUAGAAAAAUUUGAUGACGAAAUUAUGCAUAUAUCAAUUGCAAGAAGUCAAGGACACUUUGAUUCAAGUAAGAAAGCUCCACAGCAUAGAACAAUAUUAGGAAUUUGUUCAAAAUUAAAUUGCACAAUUGGAGGAGAAAAGACAUCAUUCUUUCUCUCAUCAUGA